UAUGUCAAGCGCGGAACACUUCAUGUAUUUUGCGUUCGGGAGCAACUUGUUGAAAGAGAGGCUUCAACUGAAAAAUCCCUCAGCAGUGUUUCAUAGCACCGGUCGCCUACAGGAUUAUGACCUGAAAUUCGGUCUCUGGGGAGAUGGCGUAAAGAACAGGUGGUACGGUGGUGUGGCUACGAUAGAGGAGAGCCAGGGGAACGACGUCUGGGGAGUUGUUUGGAAACUGAGCAAUGAACAUUUGGCUAGCUUAGACGAGCAGGAGGCUGUGAGCGAUGGUGUGUAUAGUCCACUGGAGGUGACCGUGCACACAGAUGAAGGGCAGGUUCUGUGUCGGACAUACAAAAUGAACAAUUUCAGAGCCAGCCCUCCUUCCCCACAGUACAAAGAGGUUGUGUGUCUAGGGGCCUUGCAGAAUGGCCUACCACCAGAAUACAUAAAGAAACUGCAGGCUGUGGAGACGAAUGACUACAGGGGGCCUUCGUUAUUAGAUGAAAUUAAAGAUGUCAAGUAAUAAAUGUAUAUGAUCACCCAUAAACCCUAUGUGGUUAACUUCAGUGUUGCCCCAGGGCUGUAGAGGUGGUGAACAAGGAAGCUACAUAUGGGUCCCAGAUUUUGCUGUUAAGGUUUUCAUCAAAGUGAAAUUUAUGCUGCUAUAUGUCGAACUAAAUGGAUACAUUUCUCCAUAUUUUUUUUUUAGGAUGAUCCGUUUUAAUUU